GAAACCAACCGGAACGACACAGCGGGGACACGAAGAGGAUCCAUUCACGCCCCCUCUCUCUCUCUCCACUUGAUUCGCCGGAUAUAAACUUUGUCUCUGAACAGUUCAAAAAAUUCGCACCCUCUCUCUUUCUCUCUCCCCGCAUUUCAACUCCCCAUUUCGAUUCCCAAAAGGGUAACUUUUUUCGACUUCUGAUUUCAAAAAUCAGAGAUUUUGCUAAGAAAUUACUGCUUUCUUGGCUGAGAAAAUAAUUACCAAUUUUUCUUGGAGAUUCUCGCCUGCUCCUGUUUUUUAGGAUUCCUUGGUGGGUUUCAGUCUUUGUGUUCGAAGGUUAAAAACUAAAAAGCGCUUUCUAGACCUUCGACCAGAUCAUGAAGAAGAUGAUCAACAAUCAUUUUUCAUUUGCUACUUGAGUGAGGAUGUCAAGAUUGUUCAUUUUGAUCACUUGGUUUUUCUCUCCGGAGCUUGAUUAGGGUUUAUUCUUGAGUGAUAAUUUGAAAAUAUAAAUAAAUUAAGUUCAAUGGGUGCAAAGGAACGUCAGAGUGCUUCAAAUUCUCCUAAAGUAGAGGUGGGAGAGAUUGACACCAGUGCACCAUUUCAGUCUGUUAAAGAUGCUGUCACACACUUUGACGAGGGCACUUUUUCUGGGGAAAAACCAACCAUCAGGAAGUCAAAACCACAUUCUGCUGAGAGAGUUUUGGUCAACGAGACACAGCUCCACCUGGCGCAGAAGGAGCUGAACAAGUUAAAGGAUCAGCUGAAGAAUGCUGAAAUAACUAAAGCCCAAGCACUCGUUGAACUUGAAAAGGCUAAAAGAACAGUUGAGGAUCUCACCCAAAAACUCAUAAAUGUCACUGAAUCUAAAGAUUCAGCAAUUACAGAAACAGAAACUGCUAAAAACCAGGCAAAGGAAAUUGAGGAAACGAAGAGUGGUGAUACUUCUGGAUCCAGUGGUUCUAGGAAGCAGGACUUGGAAUCUGCCAGGGAACAGUACAUGACUGUGUUUACUGAACUUGAUGUUGCAAAGCAAGAACUCCGGAAGAUUCGACAGGGAUGUGAUGCAUCCUUGGAAGCAAAACUUGCUGCCUUAAAUCAAGCUGCAGAAGCAGAAAAUGCAGUAAAAGCAAAUGUAGAAAAAGUUGGUGAGCUUUCUAGGGAAAUCUCAGUGCUACAAGAAUCAAUUGGGCAAGUGAAGCUAGCAUCUCUGCAAGCCCAGCAAGAGCAAGCAAAGACAUUUGCAGAGAAGGAUGUUCUGAGGCAGUCUUAUAAAGCUACGCUGGAAACAUCAGCAAAUAAACUUAUUGCAUUGAAAAAUGAGUUUGAUCCUGAACUUGCCCGGAAUCUUGAAAAGCAACUGGCUGAAACGAUGAAUGAGAUUGAUGCCCUGCAAAAGCAGAUGGAAAAAGCCAAGGCUUCAGAUCUAGAUUCAGUGAGAGCUGUCACUUCAGAGCUAGAUGAUGCUAAGGAGUCAUUGCAAAAAGUAGCAGAAGAGGAAAGCUCCUUGCAAAAUUUGUUGGAUUCUCUUAGGCUGGAACUCGAGAAUGUGAAGAAGCAACAUUCUGAAUUGAAGGAGAAAGAGGCAGAAACAGAAACAAUUGCUGGGAACUUGCAUGUCAAGCUCUGCAAAAUCAAGGCUGAGCUAGAAGCAGCCCUUGCAGAGGAAUCUAAAACAAGAGGUACUUCUGAAGAAAUGAUCUCAACUUUCCACCAGCUAUCAUCAGAAGCAGAGAAUGCACGACAAGAAGCUGAACAAAUGAAGCACAAGGCUGAGGAAUUGAAGAAGGAAGCUGAAGCAGCCAGGAUUGAACUUGAAGAAGCCGAGAAAAAAUUGAGGGUUGCUCUGGAAGAAGCUGAGGAAGCAAAGGCAGCAGAAACAAGGGCGCUUGAUCAGAUCAAGAUAUUAUCUGAGAAAACUAAUGCUGCUCGUGCUUCAACUUCGGAGUCUGGUGCCAAGAUCACAAUCUCCCGAGAAGAGUACAAAGCUUUGAGCAGGAAAGUGGAGGAGUCCGACACAUUGGCAGAAAUGAAAGUAGCAGCAGCCAUGGCUCAGGUAGAAGCUGUGAAGGCUAGUGAAAAUGAGGCUUUCAAGAGGAUUGAGGCAACGCAGAAGGAGAUUGAGGAUAUGGAGGUUGCAACUCAGGAAGCUUUGAAGAGGGCAGAGAUGGCUGAAGCAGCAAAGAGGGCAGUUGAGGGAGAACUUCGAAGGUGGCGUGAACGAGAGCAAAAGAAGGCAGCUGAAACUGCAUCAAGGAUACUAGCAGAGACGGAGAUGUCACUAGAAUCAUCUCCUCACCAUUAUAAGAUUCAAAAGCAAAAACCAACAGCGCAGAAAGUUAUUGAGGUCCGGAAGUUGGAGAAAGCGAAGACUUCUAUUUCCAAGAAAGUACUUUUGCCUAAACUCAGCGGCAUCUUCCAGCGUAAGAAAUACCAAAUUGAAGGUGGAUCUCCUUCAUACCUUCCUGGUGAGAAGCCUGUCUGACACUUGCGUUUGCAAGAUCUUUAUGUAGGAAUCGAUGAGAGGCAUUGUUUAUGAUUUUGUGUGUAUAUUUGGAACUGGUGGAAUCAAAUCGUGAAUGUCUCGUCUGUUUAAGGAGUGAAUAUCAAAAGAUUAGCAUGGAAAGCAAGCUUAGGGAAGUGUGGAUUUUGUAUAGAGGCGAACUUAAGUAGAUUAAUGGUUGAUGAUCUUUCUUUAA